AUGAAUGAUUUGGAUUCCUGGAAUAGAAAGUGGAGGACUUUAUGGUGCUGGACUUAUAUGUAUGUGCACUAUAAAAGAGCUCAGGCUCAUGCCCGAUCUUUACCUGAAGAAGCACAGAAUAUAUAUUGGAGUAAACAACAUUCUCAUUUUGCAGAAUUAAUUUGGCAAAAUAUAUCGGAAUUAAGAGGAUGGUGGGUUAAAGUAGGCCAAUUUUUAUCAACCAGAAGUGAUCUUCUACCACAUGAAUACAUUGUAUAUCUAAGCAAGCUCCAAGAUAUGAUGCCUACAACCCCAUGGCCACAAAUAAAAGAAAUCCUCGAAAAAGAACUAGGUAUAGAAUGGAGUUCUAAAUUUCAAGAAAUAAAGGAAAUUCCAAUGGCCUCAGCUUCUAUAGCUCAAGUACAUUCUGCCAAACUUAGGGAUGGAACAAAAGUAAUAGUGAAGGUUCAACAUCCAAAUGUAGAAGAAAUACUACAACAAGAUAUGACAAAUCUAACUCAAUUAAGUUGGGCUUUUGGAAUAGUAGAGAAAAAUAUUAACUUUUUACCUAUGAUUGAAGAAUGGCAAAAAGUAGCUAGUAAGGAAUUAGACUUUACUUUUGAGCUGAAACACCAACAGAGAGCCUAUGAUUUACUCAUGCAGUCUAAUGUUGACAUUACAGUACCAGUUACAUAUCCUGAAUAUAGUAGUAAGAAGAUAUUAACAAUGGAAUAUAUUCAAGGAUUUAAAAUAACUGACAAAAAAUUAUUAACAAAAUACAAAGUAGAUGUAUAUCAACUUUUGUAUACAUUAUGCGAUUCAUUUGCAUAUCAAAUUCAUAUUGGAGGAUUCUUCCAUGGAGAUCCUCAUCCUGGGAAUAUACUUGUAGUAUACAAUUCAAUAAAGCAGAAAUAUCAACCAGCAUUAAUUGACUGGGGAUUAGUAAAAAUAUUUGAUUUUAAGUCUAGGAAGGCAUUUUCAAAGUAA